GUUGUAUUCGACUCCGCUUCCCAAAUAAUGAAAACAAAAAUUACGGCUUUGUCCGCCGACGCGUCCUCGUAAUUAAAAUCGAUAAAACCGAUCUAUAAAAUGCACCAAAUCCAAUCAAAAACGGUUACUAUAGAGAAAGACAUGAAAAAGUUCGCAGCCGUCCUCAUUUUCCUGGUCGCCGUCGUUGCAUCCUCGUGGGCACACCAUGGGUACAUGAGAGGAAUGCAAUUAUACGGUCGAGGUUCAGCAGAAGGAGAAUUGGAACCCGUUCGUUUUUCGAUACUCGGCAUUCCUGCCGUCUUGGAUGGAUCAGGAAAAGGAUUCGCGCAAGGAGAUGUAUAUUUUGGACAACAGAACCACUGAAAAUCUGAAUAUUGUUUUAUUUUUCUUCCUUGAAAUAUACAUAUUUAUUUAA